ACAGUAACUGGUUAGAUAGAGAAGGCAAAAUUAUGAUUCUAUUUGAAGUCUGAGCUUGUGGUCUCCCCACGCGGAUAAACUGAGUGGCAAUCAUAACACAGAGCAUUCUUCCUAAAACCCUCAUCAAUCUCUUCAACUUUCUUCACAAAUCAACCAAAACCAUUUCCACAAAGCUCUCAAAAACUGCUUCAAAAUCAACAACACUUUUAGCAGGAUGCAAGACCCAACAGCAGCAUUUCAACAACCCAUGAAGCCCCAGUUCCCAGAACAAGAACAACAGCAGCUGAAAUGCCCACGUUGUGACUCCAUCAACACCAAGUUCUGCUACUACAACAACUACAACCUCUCUCAGCCACGCCAUUACUGCAAGAACUGCAAAAGGUACUGGACCAAAGGUGGCUCCCUCAGAAACAUCCCAGUUGGUGGUGGCUCCAGAAAGACCACAAAGCGUUCAUCAUCAACCUCCAAACGUUCUUCUUCAUCAUCAUCUUCCCCUUCACCUUCAAUCUCUUCUGCAACAAAUCCUGCAGCAACAGUGUCUGAACCGACCCGGGUCCACACUGACCCGGUUGGUGGAGGGAGUUUGAGUUUCAGUUCUCUUCUUGCAUCAAAUGGGCAUUUUGGGAGUCUCUUUGAGGGUAUGAAUUCAAGCAUGUCAGGUUUGAAAAUGGUGAAAAUGGGUGAGUUUGGGGAGAAUGUGAUGGGUUCUGACCCGGUUGUGAAGUCGGGUUCGGGUAGUGACCCUGAGUUGGAGAUGCAGAGUAAUGGGAGCUCAGAAUGCUUUCUGGGUAUGAGAAAUGGUGAUUCAAGCUCUUGGAAUAAUGGUGGUGGUUAUGGUUGGUCUGAUCUUGCAAUGUACACACCUGGCUCCAGCUUUCAGUAGAAGAAGCAGAGCAUAACAGAGCCUUUCUGGCUUAAUCUUAAUCAAGCUGAUUGUUUCAACUUUCAAUAUUUAUACUCAUGACACUAUCAUGACACUAUGGUUUUGUAAAGUGUUAUAGAAUUUGCUCAAGGCUAUGCAUACCACCAUAGCAUGCAGCUAUGGAGGAUCAUCAUCAUACGAGUAAUACCCUCUAGGUAAUAUCUUCUUAUUUUUCUUAAUUUUAAUAUUAUAUAUAUUUAUAUAUGCUUGUGAUUGGAUUGGAAAAGGAAGGAAGAUUGGCUCUUGAAGCAUGAUGUGAAUGUUUUUAGUUAUUUCAAUGACUUGGGUCAUCUCUCACAUUAUGUUUUUGCAUAGCUCUUGAAGCAUCCAUGGAAAUUUGGCAGUUUGCAUGACAAGUUUUUGUCAUAUUGUGCAUUAUAUUUCCAUAUUUGAGUGAAUGUGGGGGUUAUACCGGAAACAUUUAUCUCUUGUUUAUCCCUUGUCGCCUUGUUUUUUUAUUCAUAAGUUUCUUUAAUUAAUGUGAGUGUGUUAUUUUAUUUUUGUCAAAGGGUGUGUUUGUUUCACAAUUCAUACAAAUGUAAAAGCACAUUUACUUUAGUGCAUGUUUGUUUAAAUGAUAGGUGAAUGUAAUCUAACUCCUCACAUCAGUUGACCUUUUGAUCUCUGAAUGUGUGAGAAUGAAAUUUGGUGAAAGAGCCAACAGAAAAUCAGAGUUAAUCUAUCUCACCAACUCCAUUCACAUAAAGCACAUUGAAAUUGGUAAUUUGGCAUUUCAAACAACAAAAUGUGAUUGGAUAUUUGGAUGUACCAAUUAAUGUGAAAAUCAAACAUUUGAAUACCA